AUGGCACAGGCUCGGCGGCAGUGCACGGUGAGCGCCAAUGUGGACAAGGAAGGCAGCGCCUGCUUCGACUUGAAGUUCGUGCAACCGUUCAAUGGAGUCUUGGCCGCUGCUUCGCUUGGCAGCUCCUCGGUUUCCACCGAGUUCGCCUUGCGUCUGGAUUCGGAGCGAGCCCGUCGUGGCUUGUUCUUUGGCACGGAGUUUGCCCGGCAAAGCAAAGAGCUCGCAGCCUGCGGCUAUGUGGAUCUGUCCACGCAGAGCUUGUGCCAUGUCAGCGGCAAGCUCUGGAACGGGACUUGGCGGUUGACCACCGAUUGGUCCUUGAGAGAUCUGGACAUGAGACAGCCUCAGCCUUCACUGUCUCUUCAGCAGGAGCGCCUUCGCUCCUUGAAGACCAGCCUCAAAUCUUCCCUGUCCUACCGAUACACUCAGCUCACGGCAGAGCUUGCCGGACCUCCAGGAGACGUGGCUUUUGGGAAGCUACAUGCACUGGCAGAGGCAACGAUUCGCUCAAGAGAAUCGGGCGACUUCUGGCCUUGGCACCUGCAUCUUGCCGGCGUGAUGGGCCUCCUUCUACCCGUUGGGAAGAGCUGCGCUCAGGACCGUUUCCACCUGGGCGGCGCCUCCGGGCCCUUUGCUCUCAAAGGCUUCGCCGAGAACGGCGCAGAGCCCCGGGCAAGGAGGAUGAGCGAGACUUUGCCCAAGGACAAGGAGCACAACGCCUUGGGAGGUGAAGCCGUGGCAUCGGUCUUUCUCGGU